AUGGCUGAAACAUCUGCCCAUACUGAUUCUACGCAAACUCCGGCUUUUGUAUACUGUAUACAUCCAUCUGAUCAUGCUAACCUCAAGCUUGUUAAUAAUGUCUUUGAUGGUGUUGGAUUUGGUGAUUGGAAACUUUCGAUGAUGAUAGGUCUCACUGCAAAAAAUAAGAUGUGCUUUGUUGACGAUCGUUUAAUGGCUAAGAGUGUGAUGUAUUACUCUUUUACUAAUGAAAUUUGGAGUGAUCUUGAACAUUUUGGAACCACUACUUCUACAAAAAUAUAUUCUCUCCAUGAAGAGCUGUCUAAAUUGUCUCAAGAGGCUAAUAGGGGUAUUGCUGAAUAUUUCACAAAAGCGAAAUCCAUUUGGGACGAGAUUGAUAUUCUGAGUCCUACACCAGUUUGUGAAUGUAAUGGUUGUUCUUGUGGUUUAACCAAGAAAGUGCUCAAGCUUCAACAAGAUAAGACACUGAUGAGUUUCUUAAUGAAAGCAGAUGAACAAUAUAGUCCUAUUAAGACUACUAUCUUCCUGUUACCUGUAUUACCAAGUGUGUCUACUGCUUAUAGGAUGUUACAGCAAGAGGAAAGGCACAAGGAACUCUCAAAGAUGAAUGUUGUCAACAAUGACACUAUGGCUUUUGCUGCGAAUAAAAGAGCUUAUUAUGACUGA